UGAGAAGUUGCCCUCUAUUCACCUACCUGGUUCAGUAAAGUUUCUCAAUAGAAAGUUUCUGCUUCCACUGCCGUCGCUGUCACGAUUCAAUGGCGUUGCGCUUCCAGUCCUCUGCCGUUGCUCUCUUCGUCUUCCUCCUCAGCGUCGCCCCACCUCGAGUAUCCGCCGACGUGGUGCUGGAAGACGGGUACACCGUCACGACGGUGAUCGACGGCCACAAACUCGGCGUGAACCCCUACGCGGUGCUCGCUUCCCCUGGAUCGUCCGAUCUCCUCGUCCUCGACUCUUCCGGUAGCGCCUUCUACGCCGUGCCAUUUCCCACGCCCGGAUCCCAAGAGAGUGUGAUUACACGGUUAUCCGGUAACGGCGACGGAUAUUCGGAUGGGGAGUCGGGUUCGGCCCGGUUCAAGAAGCCCCGGAGCUUCGCCGUGAGUCCGAAAGGAAACGUCUUCGUAGCCGAUAAGGGCAAUAACGUCAUUCGGAAGAUAAGCGCUUCAGGUGUGAGCACGAUUGCCGGAGGGUACUCGGUGAAGCCUGGGCGCGAGGACGGCCCUGCUCAAAACGCAACGUUUUCACCGGACAUUGAGCUGGCUUUUGCUGCCGAUCAGUGCGCGCUGCUUGUCUCCGAUCGCGGGAAUCAGUUGAUCCGGUUGAUUAAUCUCAAGCCGGAGGACUGCGCCAGGAGUUCUCCGUCCAAACUUGGAGCAGUUUCGAUUUGGAUUUUGGGUCUCUGCGUGUCGUGUGUUUUUGGAAUUGUUGUUGGAUUUGUGAUGCGGCCUUACAUAUUCCCCAAUGAGGGCUGCCAGCGGCUCGUCUCCCGCUCGACAUGGAAGCGCUGCCGAAUCAUUCUGGGGAAGCAAGUAGUACAGACAAUUUGCUUCGCCGUCAGAGGCGCAACUGCUAGCUACGGCCCUGUUUUGUCGUUGUUGAGGCAGCUGUAUCUGUUGGGCAUCUCUCAUAUUUCUCUUAUGUUUAGGAUUAACUACGUAGAGGAUUCCUGGAUUCCGCCCAAGGAGUGUGUGCCUCUGCUUGAUUCCGAUGUUGAUGACAGUAGUAGUAGUUGUUUUGAGAUAACAGAGUCGUCGUCCAAGUAUGUGGAUCAGCUUAAGGAUUUGGUGGGUUUCGAUGGAGGCCUGGAACUGUGCAGCAUGAAGGAAGGAGACGGUGGUGAUGGGACGAGCGAUGUGUUAUCUAGCUCCCAUGGAAGAAUAGAGGGUCUGAUAGACAGUAAUAUUAUGGGAUUUGUGGAGGGAGCUAAAGAAACAAGUCUGGUGGAUGGGGCUUUGGGCGGUAAUUCGGGUUUAGUUAAAAGGAGAUGAAGUGAUAAAACAAGAAGAAAGACGUCUGUGUUGUAUAUAUAGUUUACCUCCAGUUGUGAGGAUUGUGAACAUUUUGAAUAUGUUUUUGUCAGUUAUAAAUAUAGCAAUUUCAGUCCUUUGCGUCUAUUUUGAGAAA